CCUCCGACGGUCCGAGAACCGGCAAGCCGCGCUACGGAGCUCUUCUCGCUUGAAGAAAAACGGAUUGCAGGUGGUUGGGCGAACGCGGAAAGAAACUAAAGCGCGAUUGCGAUGGCCCGUGGAUGACACAGCAGUGAAGCGGCAAGAGACAUGAAGAACGAUACCGCCACAGGGAAGAAGCCAGGGAGACCUUCCCGAUGGCACCGGCGCAGGUUUAGGUGCAAGGUUCCCUCUGAGGUGACCGUGAAAGGACAGCUGCGAAUGCGCUCCCCAUCAGGGGCCUUUGUGAUGGUGGGCGUCUCAGUGGUCCUGGUGGGCAUGACCAUAGCUGUGAUUGGGUACUGGCCUCACCGUGGCCCACAUGGGACGAGGUCUGGAAGCAGGCCAGGCAACUCCAGCACCACGGACGAUCUCAAGAAGGAAGUGAAAGUCUCUCCCCAUCCCCGCCUCUUCCUGUACAGCGAGAAGCUAAAGCUGAUUGGACCUGUGAUUAUGGGCAUUGGUCUUUUCAUCUUCAUCUGUGCCAACACCAUGCUGUAUGAGAACAGGGAUAUGGAGACGCGCCUGUUGAUGCAGAGGGAACUCUAUUCUAUGACCCUGGGUCUCCCUCAGGAUGCUAGCGAAGUCAGCAGUUACUUCCAGCGGAGGCUUACCCCGUCCACCUUUGAGGCUGACCCAAAGUGUGUGGAAGGCUGCUAUGAAGUGGACCUCUCCUCAGGCCGCUUCCAGUCAUGUCCCAGCCCUGUGAAGAAAUGGGCUAAUGCUUACAGAGCCAGUAGACUUCAGACGACGGCUCAGUUUCUUCACCAUGUCUCGCCUUCUGCUUCCCUGGUUAGCAUCCGCUCAGACUCUGGUAACUCUGCGCGAGGGAGACCCAGCCGGAACCCCAGCCUGUCCUUUCCUCACGGAGGAGAGUCGGUCAUCUCCUCUGCAGUCAAUGCCCUGUCGCUGCCUCUUAUUAAGCUCAACAACUGUCUUCUUGAAAACCAGGGUGUCUCUCCAGUCCAGGACUCGGAAGGCUGUUGCGUUCGGUUGCCAGAGGAGAAAGAGGAAGUGCUGAGGCUCUCAUGGACUGUCUUGCCUGGGGACAGCAGCAGCAUCUCUUCCAGCAGAGACUACCUCCGUGGCAGCCAGGUCAUGAUUGAUAUGGAUGGUGGGUCUCCCUCUGCUGCCUCGUUCAAAAAACUUCUGCAUGCUGAAUGCACAAAGAGAGGAUUCAGCUCAGACACUCAGAUCCCUAUGUCAGGUCACUCCAGAUCCUUGGAUCUCGGCCAGCCAGGGGUGCAGCUGGUGGCCCCAGCCAAAGAAAGGAAGCACAGAAGCUGGCCAAGGCUUGAUCAGAUUGGCUUGGCCAACUGUGCGAAACUGGGAAGCAGAGGCGAGUCCUCUGAUCAGCUCUUGGAGGCAGCUAGGGAUGUCACUGGGGGUGAGAGCGGACAGAAUUUGCGGGAGGUUGUAAAGGAAGCAGGUUCCAGGGUCUGAUUCUGCUGCAGGGGAUCAUGGAUGUUUCUGGUUUCUCCUAUCUGCUAUUCUGUUGGAUCAUGUCAGGUAUUGCCAGGAGCGGGUGUGUGUGUGUGAGUGUGUACAAAUAUACAUAUAUUUUGGAAUUAAUUUAGGGAUGACUGUUUAGCCAGCUUGCAAUGCCAAACAUAGACCAGCCAAGGAGAAACGCAUCAGAUGCUACUUGAUCGAUCAGUUUUUCCCCUCAAGGGCCUGUUUCCUUCUUGCCUUACCACAACGCACUUCAACCUUUCAUCCCUUCUCUGCCUGUGAAAAUCUGUGAUAAAGAAACAGAAAUACAGAUCCUAGCUUUUCGAGCAGGGAAUGUUGGUUGGGAACUGCUUAUUCUCUGUGAAGUCCCCUCUGUGGCCUCUUUCAACCAACACAUUUGAUAGGACUGUGGGUGGGCGAGUAUUCCUGGAGACUGAGGAAAGAGUAUCUUAAUAAGGACCUAGUGCUUCCUAAAUUACAAAGAGUGGAUUUUUGAAAAAUCAUGAGAAUAUAUAUUUUGUAAAUGGAUUCUUAUUUCUAAGCUUUUACAGUCAGUGCUUGUGGGCUUUUCCCCCUCCACAUUGAGGAGCAAGAUUUUUAAAAGAGGCUUUUGUGUUUGAUUGUGUGUGGGGUUUUUUGUACAUGUAUUCUUGCCAACCUGUUAAUUGGGGUUCUGAGAAAGCUGGCCAUUUCUAGGUAAAGUCCUGCAAAUUGGUGAGUCUUCCAUUCCAGGACUUUUAGAGAACCAUGAGGUAUGUACAGCCAGAUAGGGAUAUUAAAUGAUAGCCUCUC